AUGCCACCUCAUCAACUAAUAUUAAAAAAGAAUGCUCCAAUUAUUCUUUUAAGAAAUCUUAAUCCAACUGAAGGAUUAGUUAAUGGUACAAGAUUAAUAGUUAAGGAGUGUUACCAUUAUUUAAUUGAAGCUGAAAUAUUAACAGGAAUAAAUCAAGGAAGUAGAGUCUUUAUACCAAGAAUAAGAUUAUCUCCAAGUGAUACUGACCUUCCAUUUCAAUUAGUAAGGAAGCAAUUUCCAAUUAAAUUAUCUUUUGCAAUGACUAUAAAUAAAGCUCAAGGUCAAACAAUUCCAAUUAUGGGUUUAUAUUUGCCAAAAUCUGUUUUUACACAUGGGCAAUUAUAUGUAGCUUUAUCAAGAGUCCAAUCAAAAGAUAAUAUUAAAGUAUUAGUUAACAAUGGUCAUGUUGAAGGAAAAGAUGGUGUAUAUACUAAAAAUAUUGUAUAUAAAGAAGUUUUUUCUAAAUAA